UGCAGGAGACACAGAGUGGGUUCAGGAUGAGUGUGUGGACAUGAGCACUGCCAAAUGCCCUGCCAGUUAUAAGAGGCAGCCGCUGCUGUUGGUCUCUCUGGAUGGUUUGAGAGCUGAAUAUCUGCAGUCGUGGCAUACAGUGGUACCAGUGCUGGACAAGAUCAGACGCUGCGGUACAUCAGCACCCUUCAUGCAGGCCGUGUUCCCCAGUAAGACAUUCCCUAACCACUACUCCAUCGCCACAGGUCUGUAUGCCGAAUCACAUGGGCUGGUGGAUAAUAACAUGUACGACCCUGUGUUCGACGCCUCCUUCAGUCUGUCCAACAGUGAGAAAAACAAUCCCAGAUGGUACCAGGGACAACCGAUCUGGAACACGGCCAUGUAUCAGGGGCUGAAAGCGGGAACGUUCUUCUGGCCAGGAUCUGAUGUGGCCAUAAACGGGAGUUUCCCAGAUAUCUACAUGAAUUACGAUGGGAAGGUCCCAUAUGAGGAGAGGAUCUUCAGUGUUCUGCGCUGGCUGCAGUUACCAGAGGAUAAACGGCCAGAUUUCUUCACAAUCUACUUGGAGGAGCCUGAUAGUUCAGGACACAGUUAUGGACCCGUCAGCGGAGGGCUGAUCUUGGCUCUGCAGGGAGUGGACAGAGUCAUCGGUCAGCUGAUGAACGGCCUCAAACAACUCAACCUUCAUCAGUGUGUCAACAUCAUCAUCGUCGCCGAUCAUGGUAUGGAGGAGACCAGCUGUGAGCGUAAAGAGGCUCUUCAGAAUUUUAUAGGUGAUGUCAGUCAUCUGGACGUCAGUGAAGGGACUUUUGGACGAAUCAGAGCGAAAAACACAACACACACCUUGGACGCAGCUGGACUCAUAGCAAACAUGUCGGUAAGAGUCACUGCACACUACAGUACACACUACACACUUCCUGCUGUUGUUUAG